AUGGGGGACGCCGCGCCGCCGGCGCCCGGGACCCUGCAGAAGAGCUACUUCGACGUGCUGGGGAUCUGCUGCCCCUCCGAGGUGCCCCUCGUCGAGAAGCUGCUGCGCCCGCUGCCCGGCGUCAGCACCGUCACCGUCAUCGUCCCCUCCCGCACCGUCAUCGUGCUCCACGACGCCGCCGCCACGUCGCCCGCACAAAUCGUCAAGGCGUUGAACCAGGCGAGGCUGGAGGCGUCUGUUCGAGCUUACGGCAGUGGCUCCGAGGAGAAGGUAGCCAACAAAUGGCCGAGUCCGUACGUUCUUUUCUGCGGGGUUUUCCUGGUCGUGUCGCUCUUCGAGCACUUCUGGCCUCCCCUGAAAUGGUUCGCGCUGGUGGCGGCGGCUGCCGGCCUGCCGCCGAUCGUUCUAAGGAGCUUUGCAGCUGCCCGGAGGCUCACCCUUGAUGUCAACAUACUCAUGCUGAUUGCAGUUUCUGGGGCUAUAGCUCUGAAGGACUACUCUGAGGCUGGGUUCAUUGUUUUCCUGUUCACUACAGCUGAAUGGCUUGAGACCAGGGCGAGCCACAAGGCGACUGCUGGGAUGUCAUCGCUGAUGAGCAUGACACCGCAGAAGGCUGUUCUAGCAGAGACUGGGGAGGUGGUCGCAGCUCAGGAUGUCAAGGUGAAUACAGUAAUAGCUGUCAAAGCUGGGGAAGUCGUCCCAAUUGACGGUGUGGUUGUGGAUGGACGGAGCGAGGUUGAUGAAAGUACCCUGACUGGGGAGUCCUUCCCAGUUGCGAAGCAGCCAGACUCCCAGGUCUGGGCCGGCACGCUCAACAUAGAUGGCUAUAUUGCUGUCAGGACGACAGCUAUGGCUGACCACUCUGCAGUGGCUAAAAUGGCACGGCUAGUUGAAGAAGCACAAAACAGUAGGUCCAAAACUCAGAGGCUGAUUGAUACAUGUGCCAAGUACUAUACGCCCGCUGUUGUUGUCAUGGCUGCGGGGGUAGCAGUGAUUCCUGUGGUGGUCAGAGCACACAACCUCAAACACUGGUUCCAAUUGGCCCUGGUCCUUCUAGUGAGUGCUUGCCCAUGUGCUCUAGUGCUGUCGACGCCGGUUGCUACCUUCUGUGCUCUUCUGACGGCUGCGAGGACAGGGCUCCUUAUCAAAGGAGGGGAUGUCCUUGAAACCUUGGCAAAGAUCAAAAUUGCUGCUUUUGAUAAAACAGGUACAAUCACUAGAGGAGAGUUCAGUGUUGAGGAAUUCCAGGCAGUUGGUGAACUUGUCCCCAUGCAACAACUACUUUACUGGGUUUCAAGCAUUGAAAGCAGAUCAAGCCACCCAAUGGCAUCUGUGCUAGUUGACUGUGCCCAGUCAAAGUCAGUCGAACCCAAAUCUGAUAAUGUUACUGAGUUCCAAAUCUACCCCGGCGAGGGGGUUUAUGGUGAAAUCGAUGGGGAAGGUGUCUAUAUUGGAAAUAAAAGAAUCUUGUCAAGGGCCUCAUGUGAAACAGUUCGUGACAUGAAAGAUAUGAAAGGAGUUACCAUCGGUUAUGUUGCCUGCAAAGGGCAAUUGAUCGGAGUAUUUACUCUCUCGGAUUACUGCCGAACUGGAUCAGCUGAGGCCAUCAGGGAGCUGAGGUCACUGGGCAUCAAGUCAGUGAUGCUUACUGGGGAUAGCGCUGCAGCAGCUUCAUAUGCACAGAACCAGCUUGGGAACAUACUUGAUGAGGUUCACUCUGAACUUCUCCCAGAGGACAAAGUGAGAAUUGUUGAUGAACUCAAGGCAAAACAUGGCCCUACUCUGAUGAUCGGUGAUGGCAUGAAUGAUGCCCCAGCACUGGCCAAGGCUGACGUUGGAGUCUCGAUGGGUGUAUCUGGUUCAGCUGUUGCAAUGGAGACGAGCCACAUAACUCUGAUGUCGAAUGACAUCCGCAGGAUACCAAAGGCUGUCCAGCUGGCACGGAGGACGCACCGGACUAUCAUCGUGAACAUCAUCUUCUCGGUGAUCACCAAGCUUGCAAUCGUUGGACUUGCACUCUCUGGACAUCCGCUUAUCUGGGCAGCCGUCCUCGCAGAUGUUGGCACAUGCAUGCUGGUGAUCAUGUACAGCAUGUUGCUAUUGAGAUCAAAGGGCGGUCGGAAGGCGAAGAAAUGUUGUGCCUCUUCACAGCAUGGGUCACACUCAAAGAAGCAAUGUGUCUCCCGCCACUGCUCAGAUGGUCCGUGCAAGUCGACAGGCUGUUCCAAAGAGUCGUCUGCUGGUAAGCACGGUUGCCAUGAUCAUGGCCAUGCCCACACCCACUGCAAAGAGCCGAGCAAUCAGCAUCCUACAGAAAAGCAUGCUUGUCAUGAUCACGGCCACAGCCAUAACCACUGCAAAGAGCCCAGCAGCCAUGUGGUUACGGAAAAGCAUGUUUGCCAUGACCAUGGGAACACCCAUAACCACUGCAAAGAGGCAGGCAACCAGCUGCUGCUUGUGGAGAGCCAUGGUUGCCAUGACCAUGACCAUGGCCAUAGCCGUGACCAUGGCCAUAGCCAUGACCACUGCAAAGAACUGAGCAGCCCGCACGUCACCAGCAAGCAGGAUUGCCAUGACCAUGAGCACAGCCACUUCAAAGAACCCAAGACUCCGCGUGCUGACAGUGAGGGUGCUUGCCAUGGCCAUGGCCAUGACCAUGGACAUGAACAUAGGCACGGCGAAGGACACAACCGCUCACACGCUACAGGUGAGCAUGGCUGCCAUGAACAUGAACACAGUCACUGCGAGGAGCACAGCCAUUCACACUCUGCUGUUGAGCAUGCUUGCGAGCAUCAGUGUCAUGCUGAGCAGCAACCUGUGCACGCUGCAGAAAUACACCACUGCCAUGACCAUGACCAUGAGCAUGAACAGCAUGGGGAGAUUGAGGAGCCAGAAAAGGACUGCAAUGACCACAGCCACCACUGCUGCCAUGAGCCUCACGACAAGGACAAGAUCGCAGCCGAGCCAGUUGAAGAUGUCACGAUUUCAAUUGCUGCCCUGCCCAAAGAUGAAGGCCACCACCACAGCGAAGAACACAAGGGGGAGCACAGUGGGAAGGCGAAAGACUGCAGCGGCGUCCCUACUCCCACUGACUGCGCUGCAAGCAAGAACUUCUGCAGCGUCAAAGGUGGAGACACCUGCUCGAGCUCGCAGGCUGCGUGUGCCAAGGAGAUCAGCCCGUGCUGCAGGAGCUACGUGAAGUGCCCCAGGACGGCGGUGACGACGACGAGGAGCAGCUGUUGCGGCCACAGCGUGCUGAAACUGCCUGAGAUCGUGGUAGAGUAG